AUCAAGAAGGGAAGGUCUUCGAAGGAAAUUGUGUUUAAAACGGGGACAAAAUGACUUCCAUUUUAGCUGGAAGGCCAACUGCUCAGCAUAUUUUAUCUAUUGCGGAAAUCUUAGAGCUUACGCUGUCGUUUCUCCCAGCGAAAAACCUUUCCAUCGCGUCCCAAGUUUGUCGUAUGUGGAGAGACAUGGUCAGAAGAGUGCAUCGUUUUCGAAAGGCAAGAUGGUCGAGUUUUUUAGUUCAUCACGGGCCAAAUACACCAUGUAGUUCAAAAUUAUCAAUGAACCUGAUGAUUUCUCGUAUUGACGACUUCUUGGACAAUCUCUUCAACUUCCCUGCUGCGGCAAUUAUCUUUGUUAGCAGGUCAAGUGAAUUUUGUGAAACGCGRCGAGAUGAAAUUCGUAGUCUUAUAUCAUCUGUUAAAGUACGACUACCAAGAAAUUGCACAAUCAUAGGUUGUGUUGGUAGUGGCAUUGUAGGAUGUGAAGAGGGAUCACAGCCUGAGGAGAUCGAAUCAGCUGAGGGGGUGUCUUUAUUGAUUAUGCCGAGAGUGGAGGGAAUCACUACACAUACAUUCAAUAUGAGUUGUACUGAUGUCAGAAAUAAUAGAUCUUUUAAGUCUCGGUGGGAAUCAUCUCUCAAUAUUCCUUCAGACAAACAACUCAARUUUGCUAUAUUGUUUGCAAAAGGAGAUAUUUAUAACCUUGAUAUUAUUGGYAAAGUUGCAUCUGGUAUCUGGCAGAUAAAUGGUAGCAGUGAUGGAGAAAAGUCCAAUGUGGUCAUUAUUGGGGGUUUAGUAGACUCACUUCUCUUUGUUGACAAUGAAAUCAAAUUUUCUGGUGUCAUAGGACUUGGAAUAGCUGGCGCCAAUGUUCAGGCUGUGUCAGUAGUCCAUCACGGCGAAACACCUAGUGGUGUUACAAAGAGYCUUGAACAGCUGCGUAACUUUGGUGUUUCACAUUCUAGUAGCAGUGCAUGUUUUAUGGUGUCCUGUGUUGGCAGAGGAGAGAAGUUCUAUAUGGCAAAGAAUGUUGAAUCUCAGAUUUUUAAGCAAGUCUUUCCUAGGAUUCCUGUUGGAGGGUUCUUUGGUAAUGGUGAACUUGGCUUAGAUUUACAAUCUACACAGGGAAAAUAUCUGAAAGACAGUCAUUUUCUACAUUCUUAUUCUUCAGUAUUUUGUCUCUGCUCUUUGGAAACGAACACAAAGAAGUUUAAUGUACAAGAUUGCCCAGGAUUGUGUGGAAGUUCAUCGAAAAAUCCUCUUGAGGAUGAGAAUGCUUCAGAAACAACCAGMGAGUGAGCUUCCUGUACACAAAGAUUAAAUGAUUAAGUAUGUUUACUUAGACUGUUAGURUUUUUAUGAGUGGGCAAUUAAGUGUACCAUAAGAGAAACAUGAUAUAUAAUAUAAAUUAUACAUUUUGUCCAGUCAUACUAGAACUGUAGUUCUAGUAGAUAUAAAAUUGUUGUUGUUUAGAAUGCUGGACUUGCAARUUCCACCUUUAGUCUAGGCGUGAAGUGGCAUUCCCUGCUGCCAAUGA